AUGAAAUUCAGCCUUUUGGCCCACUACUUAGUUGCAUCAGGAACAGGUUUGGCUCACAGCUAUCGCGAUGGCCAAUUUGACUCAUUUGAAAAUGAAGAUUUGCAAGAGGUUUGGGGCCAAGACUGGCCGUUUUCCGGAAUUCAGACAUUUGCACACUUGGAGCACCAAAAAUGUCUGUUAAAUAGAAGCCUCGAUUUUGAUGUUGGUGUUAUCGGUGUGCCGUUUGACACCGCAGUGACAUUCCGUCCAGGAGCCCGUUUCGGACCUCAGGCGAUCAGAAGGGCAUCGCAGCGACAAACGUCGCUUAGAGGGUUCAAUUUCAGGACCGGAAUUAACCCAUAUCAGAGUUGGGCAAAGGUCUUAGACUGUGGAGAUGUGCCAGUGACACCAAUGGAUAACAAACUGGCAUUACAGAUGAUGACCGCUGCUUACGAAAAUUUACUGACAAGGAACAGCACACUGCAGCAAGAUGAGAUGCCGCCACGACUCGUGACGCUUGGUGGUGACCACAGCAUCAUUUUGCCGGCGCUAAGACAAUUGCACAAAAUAUACGGUCCCGUGUCUGUGAUCCAUUUCGACUCACAUCUCGACACUUGGGCCCCCAGCAAAUAUCCUUCAUAUUGGCACAGUGACGAAUCUGCGUUCACACACGGCUCCAUGCUGUGGUUGGCCCAUCAGGAGGGGCUUUUGGCGGAAAAUACUAAUGUUCACGCUGGUUUGAGAACCCGGCUCAGUGGGAAAGGCUGGGACGAUUACGAGGAAGACGCCGGGAGCGGCUUCCACCGUAUUGAGUCUGACGACUGUCUAAAUCUCGGUGCUGAUGGCAUGGCUGACAAAAUCCUUGCCUUGGUGCCCAAGGACAAACCUGUGUACAUCAGCGUAGACAUCGACGUUCUGGACCCUAGCACCGCUCCAGGAACCGGGACGCCUGAAGCAGGCGGUUUACUGACCCGUGAGUUGAUCCACAUGUUGCGUAGACUCGAAGACCUGCAUUUGGUUGGUGCUGACAUUGUUGAAGUUUCUCCGGCAUUUGACCACGCAGAUAUCACCGCCUUGGCUGCAUCUCAGAUUGCUUACGAGCUUAUUACUAGCAUGGUAAAGAAGGGUCCUUUAGAUCCCAGUCUUCUCAAGAACACAUUAUUCCAAAACCAGGCUGAUCUCGGAAUCGCCCAAGAUUCGUUCUGA